AGCUGUUCUAGAUCUCUUGGUCAGCGCCAUGGGGCGGCUGGAUGGGAAGAUCAUCCUGUUGUCUGCAGCAGCACAGGGCAUUGGCCGAGCAGCUGCUAUUGCUUUUGCUAAAGAAGGAGCCAAAGUCAUUGCUACAGACAUCAAUGAGUCCAAACUGCAAGAACUGGGGAAAUAUCCAGGCAUUCAGAUACGGGUUCUGGAUGUCACCAAAAAGGAGCAGAUAGAAAAUCUGGCCAAGGAGAUUGAAAAGAUUGAUGUCCUCUGUAACAUUGCAGGGUUUGUUCAUCAUGGAACCAUUCUGGAGUGUGAGGAGCAAGACUGGGACUUCACGAUGAACCUCAAUGUUCGCAGCAUGUACCUGAUGAUCAAGACAUUCCUCCCCAAGAUGCUUAAACAGAAAUCUGGAAAUAUUAUAAAUAUGUCUUCUGUGGCAUCCAGCAUCAAAGGAGUUGUGAACAGGUGUGCCUACAGUACCUCAAAGGCAGCAGUUAUUGGGCUAACAAAGGCUGUGGCUGCUGAUUUCAUUGAGCAAGGCAUCAGAUGCAACUGCGUGUGUCCUGGAACUGUUGACACACCAUCUUUACAGGAAAGAAUCCAAGCCCGGCCUAACCCAGAACAGGCACUGAAGGACUUUCUGGCCAGACAGAAGACUGGCAGGAUGGCUACUGCGGAAGAAGUGGCCCAUCUCUGUGUGUACCUGGCCUCUGAUGAAUCUGCCUAUGUGACUGGUAAUGAGCUAAUCAUCGAUGGAGGAUGGAGCUUGUGAUUGACUCUACCUGCAAAUGGAAAUUCAUGCUAUGAUGGGCAAAAAAUGAGGAUGGUGUUUCUUGCAAAGAUUGAGAUCAUGCAUGUGAUGUCUUUCCAAACAAAUUUGCUAUUUCUAGAUUGAUCUUACUGAUUAACUUUUCCUUAAAUAGAGAAAUAGUGGAGUAAAACAUACUUCAUGUGGCUUCAAUUUAUGGCAGCUCCAAAAACAUGAGAGAACAGCAGUUUAAUGUUUAAGAUUUCAGGAGGCCAGAAAUACUAUUCAAGUUACAAAAUCUGAGUUGUGUUUUAAGUAAAAUCUGAGUGAAAGGAAUUAACUAUUAUAUUUAGUCUCAUCUUACUAGGUAUUUGGAAAUUAAAUACUCACAAUUAAAUACCCACAAGAACAACUAUGCAAGGGCAAUACUCUAGCAGGUAUGGAUGGGGGUAUAUGUGAGAGGAGUAUUCUUAAAUAUAUGGGUGGAUUUUCAUGAAUAUGCUCGACUUGAAGCACAAAAGCAAAAGGAGUGGAUUUUACCACUCUAGAUAGA